UUUGCCAUUAUUUGAUUUUGAUUUGGUCACGAAUGUCAUAUAACGCAACUAGUUUAUAUUAAGGAAAUCCCUUGAAUAUCCUCCUGUCUCAAUUAAUUAGCGUUUUGUUGCGUUAUUUCCACACAUACCCAUUCGCAAAAUGAAACAGCAAACUGGCCAUAACACUCAAUAAUUCACAAAUAACAGAGUUCAACAGUCAAGAGUCAAGACUAAAGACUUUAGUUCACGAUUGGGUUCCUUCCUUGACGGUUGUUAUUGACCCAAUGAUACUUUAGUGAAUACAAAGCCAGUGUUCUUUAAGUAAAGUGGGACUACAGGUUGUACUAAGGACGUGAUUUUCCAGAACAGUGUAAAUUUUCUAUAAUGGUUGAAGCGAGCAAACACUGGUUUCAAAAGGCAUGCAGUUCCUGCGAAUGCAACACACUAAUCCAUCCUUGGACCUAUAAAUGUAGUGAUGCUACCAGUACUAUGCUAUUGAGUUGUAUAAAAGGAAGCUACAAGUUUUAUGCUAUGGUUUACCUUAUACAAAUACUUAUGAGAGGUAAAAAAUUGGGCAAAAAAGAAAUUAUCGAACAAUUUAAACUAUAUUUGAAAUCUGGUAUAUUUGGUUUAACUGUUGGAAGCUCUUUUGUGACAUUAAACUGUAUAUUUAGGAAACUCUUCUUUAGCCAAUUCAAUUAUUACACAACAGUCUUACUUCCUUGUACAGUCAGCGGUGUGGCUGUUUACUUCGAACCGCCGUACAGAAGAGUUAUGGUUGUCAACCUUUUCGUUAAUUUGGUCUUCGAGUACUGGGCCCGUAUGUUAGACCAUAUGGGUUGGUUGCGGCGGUCUGUCGGUCGCGAAACCCUUAUAUUCAUGCUCGGUAGCUCCGCCUUGUUCUACCUUAUGCGAUUGGAAAGAGAGAACAGCAAACGGACGCCUUUGUUCUGGUUCUUCACACCUCCGCGGGUUUCCAAGGAAGUUGGAGAACCAGUGAAAGGCAUCGAAGACAAAAGUCCAGCGUGCCCUCACAAAGGACCUUGCGUAAACUACGUUUUUAGGGGGGCGGCUCAGUUAUUUGGAGUCGGCUGCCUCAUGACUAUACUGCGGACGAUCAUACCUCGGAUACUCACACCGACGAAAGCCUUGAAGUCAUUGAAACCUUCGCAUCUCAAACUUGGGCUGUUCUUUGGAGGCUACAUUGGCAUUUAUAGGUUAGUAGUAUGCUUUCUGUGCCGAAAGAACGGUAGAGACAGUGCGCUAUACGCCUUGCCCGCGGGUUUCCUCGCCGGAGUUGCCUUCAGAGCUUCGCCGUCUACGCCAAUUGCUUUGGCGCCGGUCACAUCAACUUUGCAGAUUCUGUUCUCGUGGUUGUACCAGAGGGGCACGAUACCCGAGAACUGGCCCCUAGUUGAGCUCCUCUACUGCAUAUGCCAAGGCCUGUUGUUCCAUGCGCGGGUCAUGCACGAAGACGUGUGCCCGCGUUACAUCGUCAACCUCAUGCGCACCGUCACUAGUAAGAAAGCUGACGAAAUUCAACACUCCUUCAUACAGAAGAUCCUUAGGUACAAAGAUUUCCAUCCUUAGUUUAAUUUUGGUGUAAUUUACGUAUGAAAUGGACGCAUUUUUAAAAAUAUAUUGUUUUUAUCGAUCGUGUCUUGAUGUGAAACUCCUUUGGGUAAUAUGUAUUUCAAUACCAGUACAAUAGAUAAACGGCUAAAAAUGGGGCCAUCCUUUUCACAAUGCUGCCUGUGAAAAGGAUAGCCUUACUUUAAGACCUUAGAAUCUCUUAAGUAAACUUAAUUGACACUUAAUGAACCCUUUAUUGCACGCAAAACCUAAAAUAAUACAGAUAACAAAACGAAAAUAAGAAAUUUAUUGAAAAUUUUGGAAUGUAGAGGCGGCCUUUUUGCUGUAAUCUCUUACAGGCAACCAUUUAAAACCAGGCAAGACAGUUAAGUUUAUUAUAGAGAUUGGUGUACAACAAAAUUGCAACAAUAUUUGAUUAUUUGUAGCGCUCAGGCAAGUGUCCUUUUUUAAUUUGGCUUUAAUUACCUAAGGUAUUGAAAUAUUUCCACCCCAAUGGUAUCUGAGUGCAACGGAAUAUACCUAUGUUCAAAAUCUAAUACCCACAUAAAGUACGGAACACACAGAGUCCAGGGCGGAACCGGACUAAACCUUGUUUCUGAGUGUUUGAUGCGGCGGUUCAGUUUUAAAAAAAGUGGGGUCAUAUUGUUUUUUGUAAGCAUCAAUCGACUUAUUAGUUGAUCAAUCAUUGUAAAAGACAAUUAUCACUUUUUAUAGAGCCAGACUAAUUCUUAAAGAUAGAUAUAUUCCUCAUUGUUAGUUGCUUGGGACAUGUUAAUAGAAAGAAUAUCAUAAAUAUGGGCCCUGAUUCUCUGUAACAUUAGAUUCAUAAGUGCUACUGUAUUUAGUGAAAAAUAUUUGACAUGUCAUAGAAGGAUUUCAAUUUUAAAUUAUUUAAUGAUAAUGUAAUGACGAGGAUAAACAAUAUUUGCGUCACAAUUUGUGCUUAGUAGAGCUAGCAUGCGAAGUUCGAACAAAUAAUGUUUACCUAUUAUCUCGUCUAUCGCUAUACAAAAAAUACGGGUAGAGAUAAUUAUCUCUUUGUACGCAUGCUAGCCCUACAGGACUGUGUUACGAUAAUAAUGUAGGUAAUAGAGAAUAAACGUAUAUUUUUGUUGGUAUUUGACUCUAAAUAACAUUUAUUAGGCACUAAUAUUAUUCUUCUUUACAAUAGUUCGCAAUGUUAAUUAAUUAUAUUAUAAUUUGUGCCUUGUAAACAAUGGGUGCUUAUAGUCAUAUUGAGUCUCUGUUGAAGCUGCUUAUGGCAAGAUGAGUCCAUAAGUAAACGGUGCUUAUGAUCAAGUUUAAGCUAGUUUAUGGCAAAGCUUAUUCGAUUUGUUUACAGCCUAACUUAAAAUGAAAAUUCUAAUAAAACGUGACAUGACAUAGGAAAAACGAUUUUAUUAUUUACCUUCGGUUUGAGGCUAGUAAACUGAAUAUGUAUAUUGCAUAAGUAAAGGGACAAUAUAAAGAUGAUUUUGUAUUAUUUUUCUAUUUAUUUUAUAGUUUAUUCGUUUUACUCCUCGGGAUAUGACAUAUAAUAUAGAGGUAACACACAGAAGUCGGGGCGGACACGUGUUUCACUGAAAUACCCACCCCGGCUGCCGGGUGUAUAGUGUUAUAAUUUUAUAUUAUUUUUUAUUACAUUAAUAGAUUUUAUCUAGUUUUUAAUCUAAUGUAACAUUGACGUUAUAUUGUUCUGGGAACAAUGUCACAUAUUCAUUUCAUAGCACAAAUAGAAGUUAAUAGGAGAUUAAGGGUGGAAGUCAACCAUUAGUCGAUAGGUACAAAUACCGUGUAAUGACGUUAUCAAUAAUGCAAUGUGGGCACAUUUAUGGGAAUAUUGUAUUGUAGGGAUAUUUAUAAUUAAUUUUUUUACACUUGUCUUAUCAUGUUAACAAUCUUUUCAUUACUCUUAAGU